AUGAAUCAAAAUAAUGUACAUAGCGAUCGAUUGAUUUAAGUAUUCUCUUGUGACAUGUUAGAUGGUAACAUUCAAUAAGAUAGAUGGAAAAAAGGAAAAUUAUUCAUAAUGGAAAAAUCAUUACAUUUCUAAUCUCUCUUUAAUUACUCUACCACAUCUUUUGGAUUCAAUUAAUAAAUGACAAAAUUAUAAUGUACAUAUUAUAAAACUAUUUUAGAUUCAUAAAUUAAAGCAUUUGAUGAAAAUGAUGAUAAUGAUUAAUUAAUAAUUACUACACAUAAAUAAAAUUAAUUGAUUUUUAGAAAUUUUUAUGCCUAAAGACCAUAAAUUAUGGAAAUUUUGAGAAGCAUUAAUUUAAAAAUUGAAGAUUUUGAAGCAAUACUUGAAAAUGAUUCAUUUGAUUGGGAUGCUUAUAAUAAUUUAAGUUAACAAAUUCUACCUUAAUUAUUAAAACUUAAGGAUGGUAAUCAAUAUAAUCCACCUACUAUUUUUGAAAUAGAGGGAUUAGAUAUUCAUGAAGUCUUUGCAUUACUUUAUGAUGAUAUUACAUAUAAACCUAGUUAACAUUUUAAUCUUACAAUAAAAGAAGUGGAUAAAACUAAAUAGUAUUAAAAUGUAUUACAUUUCUUUUUUGAAUAAAUUCUUGGAGAUUAAUAAAUUAUAUGUGAUCCUUAUGUUCCUUAAGUUCCUGAAUAUUUAAGAACUGGUGAUUUAUCCAAAGGACCAUCUCAUGAUUAAUAAAAAAUUCAUAAUUUACCUACUAGAACUAUCAAUUAUGUCCAUCCAACUAAAUUGCCAUUUUUUGGUACUAUAAAUCCAAAGGUUAAAAUGAUUUAAAGAUUGCUAUUGAUUAAUUAAAAUGAAUUUAUUGUGUAAGUUUAAUCAGAAACAUCAGGAUUACCAAAAAGUGAUUGUUAUAAAAUGAUGUCACAUGAAAAAGCUAUAAGAAUUGGACAUAAAAAAUUGUAUUUAUAAUAUUUUAUAAGUCUAAUAGUCGAAUUGAAUGUACUUUUACUAUUGAAUGGUAAUAAAGAAUUAUGAUUAUUUCUAAUUAAGUUGAUAAUGCUGGUGCAAUUGAAUCAAAAAGAGUUUUGGAAACCUAUUAUAUACCAUAUGCUAAAGCAAGAUUAGCAGAAUUAUUAAAAUUAAAAGAAGAAUAAUAAUAAUAAUAAUAAUAAUAAUAAGAUCUAUUAAAUUCAAGCUAAAUUAUUGCUGAUUAACCUUCAAUGGUUCAUGUUAGAAGAUAAGUUAAAAGUGAAAGUUAGAUUUUUUAAUAAAAAUUUUUGGUUAGUCCACCGAAAAAUCGUGACCUUAAUUAUGAAAAAAUCUAAGAAUUGGAGUCAAAUCAAUAAAAGUUAGAAAAUUAAAUAAAAUAAUUAUCAUUAUAAAUUAUCUUACAAGAAAAAUAAAUCAAGAAAAUUAAUGAUGAAUAACAAGCUUUAAUUUUGAUAAGUAGAACAUUAGGCAUUGUCAUUUUAUUUAUUCUACUUACAAAUUGGUUAAUGAAAUGA